CGAAGCGAGCAAAGAAGCUGCUGACCUUGCAUGCAUGCCACGCUGUACCCCAUCUCACUCGCAUCACAUCUCCUCUAUUUAUUACCACAACGAUUCGCAGCUUCUCGCGCCCCGGCCCAUCACUCUCCCUUAUUACUACACCGCAUAAACCACCAGUCGGCCGGCGCUCGCCGCCGAGCUCGAGCUCCCCUCCCAUGGCGUCCGGCCAUUCCCACGUCCACACUGCGGCGCCGCUGCUGCAGCUGCUGCUUGUAACAACAAUAACGCUGAUGUGCGUUCCCAAGGGUAGUAGCAGCGGCAGCGCAACAGCGGAAGAGCCGCGGGUGCGUGCGGUGAUCGUGUUCGGGGACUCGACGGUGGACACGGGCAACAACAACCAGAUCGGCACGACGCUGCGGUCCGACUUCCCGCCCUACGGCCGCGACAUGCCCGGCGGGCCGCGCGCCACAGGCCGCUUCGGCAACGGCCGCCUGCCCCCCGACUUCAUCUCCGAGGCCCUGGGCCUUCCCCCGCUCGUCCCGGCCUACCUCGACCCGGCCCACGGCAUCGCCGACUUCGCCCGCGGCGUCUGCUUCGCCUCCGCCGGCACCGGCGUCGACAACGCCACCGCCGGCGUCCUGUCAGUGAUCCCGCUGUGGAAGGAGGUGGAGUACUACAAGGAGUACCAGGCCCGGCUGCGCGCCUACGCCGGCGCCGCGCGCGCCCGUGCCAUCGUCCGGGGCGCGCUCCACGUCGUGAGCAUCGGCACCAACGACUUCCUCGAGAACUACUACAUGCUGGCCACGGGCCGGUUCGCGGAGUUCACCGUGGCCGAGUUCUCCGACUUCCUGGUGGCCGGCGCGCGCCGGUUCCUGGCCGGGAUCCACGCGCUCGGCGCGCGCCGGGUCACCUUCGCCGGGCUCUCCGCCAUCGGCUGCCUCCCGCUGGAGCGCACCACCAACGCCGUCCACGGCGGCGGCUGCAUCGAGGAGUAUAACCGUGUGGCCAGGGAGUAUAAUGUUAAGAUCGAGGCCAUGCUGCGUGGGCUCAGGGACGAGCUCCCGGGGUUUAUGCUCGUUUAUGUUCCCGUCUAUGACACCAUGGUCGAUCUCGUCACCAACCCUGCCAAGUUCGGGCUGGAGAACGUGGAGGAAGGGUGCUGUGCGACGGGGAGGUUCGAGAUGGGGUUCAUGUGCAACGACGAGGCGCCGAUGACGUGCGAGGACGCCGACAAGUUCCUCUUCUGGGACGCGUUCCACCCGACGCAGAAGGUGAACCGGAUCAUGGCCAACCACACGCUCGACCUCUGCUACCAGCAAGGCGUCCUGUGAAUCGAUCAACUGCCGAUGGAACUGGCCCCCAAACAUUUAUCCAUUGAUAUUCAUUUGUGGAGUAAUUAAAAAGAAAUUGCCUUCAAAUAUCCAACGCGUCACGUGUCCAGAAUCAGUCCCAGCGAUUUAAUGUUAGUGCGAUCAAGUUCCCAUUUCGCGGCAAUGGGGAUUCAA